AUGGCAGUUUCAACUUUUCCUGAGCUUGCCAAGAAGUCAGAGUGGGCAGACGACUUGCACAGAGACUUGAACGUGGGCGUGCGAGACAUUCUGCAAUUCCAAGUCGGGAGCGCUGAAAAGGUGCCUUCAGAUCUAAAAGGGGAGAAGGGAAAGCAGAUUGCAAUGCUGGCUUUGCAAGUGGAGCAUAGUGCUUGGGACGCAUUGCACUGCCAUGAUUCAAAGUGGCAGAAAAUGACUCUCCCUUUCAGCCAGGACUGUUCUCAACACUGGAUUUCAGGACGACCUGUAAGCUUGGAGGAAGAUGGUACUCUCGGAAGUAUUGGCUCGGGUAGCAUCCUGGCCAUGAACUUUGUGCUGUGGCAAGAAAUCAGGCAACAACUCUUGCAGCAAGAGGCCAGUUUGAAGCCCGCCCUGCAGACUUUCCUGAAGGAGUACAAAAAAGAAAGCUGGGUUGGAUUCAGAGGUUAUUGGGGCAGCAAACUGUAUUCAUGGGAGAGCUUUCUGGAUAAAGCCACAGAAGCAUUUCUCCAGGGUCGCGAACAGCAACGUGUCACAGCCGUGCAAUCAGGCCGACCUUGGACGAUGAACCUCGGCAACUUCCAGCUGUACAUCGAGCGUGGCUGGAGGUUACAGGUGCUCCAGACUUUUGUGCUGCUUUUGGCAGCCCUUCUCCCAAUCCGCAAGCAUGUUCUCGAGACCUGCCAUAUUACGUCGCGAGCAGAUGUGGGCCUGGUAACAAUACACACGACGCUGGACAUGACAUGCCUUGUAGGAACAUGGCUUCUAUUUGCAGUGGCACCUGCAGCGCUCCAAUUCGGCAAAGUGGCUAGAACGCUGGUAAAGGAGCUCUUUCCCUUGGCCGAGAAGGUGUUCCUUGCCAUGUCCAGCCUAGUGGACUACGAGAAGCAGAUGCCCAAGAUGCUGGCUGAGUUGUCUCAUUCACAUGGACCUCAGUUUCUGCGCAACCUCCAGGAGGGAAUUCAAAAACUGGAAUGGGACAGUUCUUUCAUCCUCCGGCAAGCUGCUGGCUCGAUGAUGUUUCUUUUGACGUCCGCGGCAAUUGCCGGAGCCCUCUUUCCAAAAAAAACAUUUUCGCAGUACAUGGCAGUGGGUAUUUGCGGGCCUUUAUGGCUGUUGGGCAAAGACCCAAAGGACACGUCAGUUCGUGGUGCUUACGUUGCUAUGGCCUGUAGGAGCCUUCUUUUCUUGACCAUCGUCGGGUUCAGGUGGCUGUACAUAGAUCGCUUCUCUGUGGAGCUCUACACAGCAGCCGUUUUCAACAGGUUAGUGGAAGUAGAUGCCCUGCGGCUAUGGGCAGUCGCACUUCUCGCCCUGCAUUGCUCAUCCGGGCUUGCAGCUCUUUAUGGUGCGCAGAAGAGCUUAGAAGCUGCUCGGGCUUUGGGACCUGCAGAGGAGCCCACCUCACAUGAUCCUCCUGGCAGGAUUUAUGGCACUUUCCCGAGCCCAGGCAGUCCUAGUGUGCCAUGA